UAAAAAACAGAAAGUCCCUCUACUUAAAAUAUCACCCGAAGAUAAAACAUGUAAAAAACAAGAAAUUUCAGACUAUAGUGUUGUUUCGAGAGAACCAAAUGUUCAUGACUGCUCUAAUAAAAAUAGGGAGUAUGACAAGAAAACCUCUCCAGAUAAGACUUGGUCAGGGCAAUUGUUCCCAAAAGCAGAUUCUCCGAAACAACUUGAAGACAUUUUUAUGCAGACAAGUGAACAGUGUAAGAGAAAACAACAUAAAGUUCGAAGAAAGCUUAUAGGUGGUUUCAUGCGAAAGAAGAAUCGUAGCUUACCUGACCUCAGAGAAAGUCAUGGUCAAGGCGAAUCUAUAACACAUUUACUUGAUGAUUGUGCAGUAGUUCAAAUAUCUCCUCCAAAUUCUCGGGAUUGCGAUGCUAAAAAGAAACCUGACAACACAUUAGACAACCAAGUGCCCCAUGUAAGUAGAGGUUUUCAUCAACCCCAUUGUGCCUUUAUAAAGAAGAACAACCAUAAUCAGCGAUCACUUGUGAAAGUAAAUCCACCACAAGUGGAAGGAGUGCCUUUUAAACCUUCUUGUGAUUCGACCAGUAGCUGUUCUCAAAAUAAUAUUGAUUUACCUGUUCCUCCACCAGAUCGCAUGCUUCUCAUCCACUCUGGUGAUAUAUCCCACUUUACACGGAACUGGAAAACCCAAAACAUGAAAGUACCACCCACUUUUACAUUUAGUUUAUCAACAGGAGAAGAGACUUCUAAUCUACUACCAAACCAAGAAUAUUUAACAAAUGAAUUUCAGCAGCCUACUGUUCAAACGGGAUUUGAUUUCCCGUUACAAAAGGACAGUACUGCUUCAAUAGCGAAUGCGUUUCCAGGAGAAAUUCAAGCCAGACGUAAGCAAAUGCUUCAAUCAUCAGCACAUAAAGAAACAAAACCUGAUCAACUACUGGAUAAACCAAUAAAGAAAGAAGGAAUGAAAGAAGUCGGGGAUAAUUCAACAUUAAGUCAAGCUCAGACAGAAAAGGUGUGUUUGAAAGAACUCCAAGACAAGCAAUUCCAGAUGAUGCAAAAAACAUAUCCUAAAAGAGAACCAACUAAAAUGACAGAAAAAAUAAUCUCUGGAAACACCUGUGCUCUUGCCCGAAGACGAACUCGCAUGGACUUUGUUGAUAUGGAACAGAAGCAGGCAAAAAUAGAAUUGGUUUCUGAAGGUUGUCAGUCACGCGUGGAGAAGCUAAAUGUUCUGAAUAUUUCAAACGCAGACACUUCGAAUGACAGUCGCAGCGAAGUAGAAGAAAUAAAAAUGUAUUCAGUAAAAGAUUUGGCUUCAAAAUUUGAGUUUGUUUUGAAGCCGAAACCAGUGAAGGAGAAAAAGAAUGUAAAAAACUUUGUUAAUACAGCAAGCGAUAUACCAUUUUAUGAGCAAAAAGACAAUUUUAUUGAACAGAAUAACUUAAACUCUCCUCCAACUGAACUAUAUUUACCAGAGAAGACCAGUGUCCAAAGUAAUGAUGCUGUCCAGGACACAAAUAAAGUAACUUAUUCCCAAAAUGUGCUCACUGAUACAGCAAACAAACCUAUUCUAUCAUCAUUAUCAGAAGAGCAGAAUAUCCAUCUUGUCAUAGAUGAAGAUAAGAAAGAGAAGGAUUCUUGUUUCAUUAACACUGUUCCAUCUGUGGAUACUCAUAAAGACCUGCAAUUUUCAAAAAAUAUGUCACAGUUUUCUUCAGAGUCGGAACAAUCCAAGCACCACCCUGAUUAUGUAGAAACGCAGUUUUCUUCGAAAGCUAAACGACCACAGCGCCCUCCUGACUAUGAAACUGCAAUACAGAGAAUUGGAAAGUUGAAACAUAAACCUCAGAUCAAAACUGUUGAAGUGGAAAAGAACGAAACAGCGUCUUUGAGUGACAGUGUUUCGAACACUCCAAGGACUCUUAUAGAAACUCUGCAGGAUUUUACAACCCUGUCAUUCAACCAAACGUGCACUGAAAUAGGGACAAAGUCUAACCAAGUGAAACCAAGCUCUAUAGGAGGAGAAGUUUGUCUUAAAGUUCCGAAGUCAACUAUGACUUUAAAGAAAAGGACGGGUUCAAAAAAGAGUGUGACAUUUUCAGAACAAGUUGUUUUAGUGGCAUGCGCAGACGACGAGGAGUACGAACAUCUUCCAAAUCCUCUUUUAGAACGUGUUUACAAACAACAUCUGCAAGAAAAAUCCACAACGUCAUUGGUUGGUCCAUUUAUUGCCAAUUCAAUUAAGCAUAGCUCUUUAAAAACUGAUGCUAAUACGAGCGACAGUGAUCUUGAACAACGUAUCUCAAAUGCAUUUGAUGCGGAUUUCUGUAAUCUAUGUCAUCAGAAGACAGUUUCAUCACUUGAUGUUUAUUGUCCUGAUUGUUCGUUUUAUAUGUCGAGAUUUAAACCACGUUAGUAGAGGACACUGUCGUGGGUACUCAUUAAUCGGUAUAUAAAUACGUGCGUGUGUUUAAGCUCUUUUGGUCUCAUUUUAUGAUGUAAAUUUACAGAAACGUGUGUUUGAUAUGUUUAUCUUUACAUUGUAAUCAGUAUUUUUUGUCUGAUUUUGUAAAAUUACCAAGAGGAGUCACUAGAGGACUCUGAGGUCCAUACUUAACAUUCCACGUCUGUACAAACUGUUCCAAUUACGUUUUCAUUUUUUUUUCAAAUUUAACAUUUUUAGUAAAGUGCCAAAUUUCAU